AUGUCCUCCCAAAAGAUCGAUUUAACUAAAUUGAAUCCCGAGCAGCUGAAUGCUGUAAAACAACAAUUCGAUCAAGAAUUGCAGCACUUCACACAGUCUUUGCAAGCAUUGACUAUGGCCAAGGGCAAGUUCACAGAAUGUAUUGACGAUAUUAAAACGGUAUGCCAAGCAGGAAAUGAGGGGCAAAACCUACUGGUUCCAGCAUCUGCAUCGUUGUACAUCCCAGGUAAGAUUGUAGACAAUAAGAAAUUCAUGGUAGACAUUGGUACAGGAUAUUACGUCGAGAAGAGUGCCGAAGCAGCAAUCUCAUUUUACCAAAAGAAAGUGGACAAGCUUAACAAAGAAUCUGUACAGAUCCAAGAUAUUAUAAAGGAAAAGACCCAGUAUUCAUUGUCGAUCGAGGCUCAAAUAAGACAGGCCGCUAUUAGACAGCAUGAAGCGAUGAGCAAACAGCAACAGCAGCAAAAAAAUGAGGCUUCUACAACGUAG